AUGACAAGGAUAUUCGAGCCCAUACUUCACAGUGCUCUCAUCUACAUGGACGAUAUCCUUCUUUUCUCCAAAGAUGUUACGACCCAUAGGACACUUCUCUCUAUAUUUCAACAAUUGGUGGAUUCCUAUGGAAUUAUGCUAUCAGAGAAGAAGAGCUCAUUGGCCCAAACUGAUAUCGACUUCCUUGGAAUGAAGUUCAAGGAUGGAAAAUACCAACCGAGGCCUCACAUUGCUGAAGAAUUACUAAAGUUCCCUGAUAAGAACUUGACAGAAAAGCAAAUACAGCAGUUCCUUGUCAAGGCAGUGGCUCUAAACCCACCACCUCUAAAGAUUCCCAGCAUUGGAUACAGAAUCCUUCAGACUGAUGCUAGUGACACCCACUGGGGUGCAGUCCUCAUCAAAGAAAUACAAGGAGAAAAGUAUAUCUGCGGACAUGCUAGUGGAGAAUUUCUAGAGCCUCAGAAACAUUAUCAUUCGGUCUAUAAAGAAAUAUUAGCUACCUUCUCGAAGCAUCUGGACAUCAAGCUAGGCUUUGAUUUCCGCGAGGCGGUCUCUCCAUUUUGA